GUCAAAUCAGAGCUACAGCUGCUGGUCGGCACCACAGCCACGGCAAUGACAGAUCCGAGCCACGUCUGCGACCUACACCACAGCUCAGGGCAACGCCGGAUCCUUAACCCACGGAGCAAGAGUUUUCACAGUUUUAAUAUUCAGUGACCAUACUAAGUUUUACUAUGCUUUCUAUCUGUGACUCUACCCUUUUAUUUUCUGUACAUUAUAUGGAAAGGCUUUUGAUCAUCUCUUAAAUUUCAAAUUAUUUAUUAGAAGUAGGUGCAAGGAUCUAACUUCAUCAUCUGGUGCCAUCAGUGCGCUAAUUUAAACACCUGUUAUUAAACACAUAUCUAAGUAAAUAUUAUUUUUAAGACUGUUCAUGUUGAAAUUAUGGCUGAUCUCUAAAUUUCAUUUAGACUAAUACAGGGCUAUAUUACAAAUCAUUUGCUGCAGUAAAGUGGUGUUGGGUCUGACAGGGUUAUUGCCAGGAACCAGAGUGUUUUCCCUUCCUACUCUGCAUCUUCAGUAUGUCUGAGUGUCUCCCCUGUGGUCACAGAGAGUCGUCUGCAGUUUUUUUGGCAUCACGUGUAAAGUUUUUGGCAUCAUGUAUAAAGACAUGGCAUCUAAAAGGGCCAGAUGGAUUUAACAUCUCAAAGAUUUCUCUGAUAGACUGGAUGGUCCAUAGUACUUCUCAGAAAAUACUCUAACCAUUAGUCAAUCUAAAUAAACACGGAAGGGCCCUCCUAAUCAGUGAUGUCGGGAAGAUCGCAAAUUGAAGGUCUAAUCUUACUAGUUGAUUUAGUCUUCUUUUCCUAGAAGGAGAUGGAGAAUCUAAUUCAGAAGAGUAUGGAAACCAUGGAACUGCUAUUCAGGCAAUUACCUACUUCCCAGAAAGAAAAAAAAUUAGCUUUUUUUUUUUUUUAAAUAUUUGCUAACAUGUGUUUGCUAUUCUUGGUUGAAGCACAUUUUGUUGAAUAAUUCAACCUGCUUUAUUUUCCCAUGUGACCACAUUUUUUCUAAGGAAUUUAAUUUUAUAGUUUAGAACAGUUAGCACAACUAAACCCAAUUUGUCAUCAUAAUCUGCUUCCUUUACAUGAAAAUACAAGAGAACUAAAAUUUCUCUUAAAGAAACAAGUGUUUUGGAACUGGUAGGGUAGUACCUCAACCAGUGUUCACGGGCAUAAAUUAAUGUCUACAGGGGCCAGGUGGUAACUGCACGAGAGAAUUGGGCCCAGGGGAGGGGACCGUGGCUUAGAGGAAAGUGCAUGUUUAUUUACGGGUGGCAGCCACCACUCAGCUCUGAUCCAUAGUUGCCAUGUUGGAACUGGGCCCAGAGUUGCCAGAUCUUGUGACUUUUCCAGGAAAACAAUUCAAAUGUCUGAUUUAUUUGUGAAAUUCCUAACUUUAAACAUUGGUCCAGUUUUUUAAAAAAAAACAACACUCGAAUGUGAGCCAAACAGAACACAUUUAUGGGAGUUCCCUGUUCUGUGAACUGCCAUUUGCAACCUCUAAAGCAUCUCAUCUGUUUAUACCGUAGCGGGCAGUCUCUGGGGAACAGCACCACUUAGCAGCAUUUGUCUUUCAGGGUGAAAGGACGAUUCUCUUCAGGAACAGUACUGAACAGAAUGGACUUGAAUGAACCUCAUGCCACUAAUAUGUUGAUUGCUAGGGGGUAUUAGUUAAUUAUUGCAUGGCAUCAGCCCUUGUAGAUUUUAGGUUGCUAAACGUGGAAGAUGUAGAAUAGAAUAUGGGGAAAAUUCAGAGGUAUGGCCCCAGGAAGAUUGAUUAAAGGAUCCCUCUCCUCAGUGCACCAGCCCUCAGGCAGGGUAGCAGGUGUCUUUGUAUCUUUUGUAUUGUGACACAUACACAGCUCCCCUGCCCUCACAUCUUACGCUGCCACAUUUCUUCAUUCUCUGUGUUCAAAGGAGACCUCCUCUAAAUAGCAGAUGCCCUAUCCCUGCUUCCCAGGCCUCUAUGAUUGUUUUAACAGGGCUGUUACCGCCUCUGCUGUAUUCCUCCACAUAUGUGGCUGAACUCUAAACUCUUCCUUAGCACCACCAAAUCUCAUCUCGUGUAAUAAUUUUGCCAUUCUGAUCAAAUACCAAAAGGGUAACCUCUUGAAGAAGAUCCUUCAAUACUAGGAAAACAAUAGAAAGGCGCUUAAGCAUAAUUCCUGUGUGUUUCUGGAAACAGUUUGGUGUGGCGAUAAUUUUACUUGGCAUUGGUUCUCCUUCAAAAAUGGUUGCUUACUCCUGCUUGGGAAACGCUCCGUCUCUUUAAAACCUGAAAUUAAAAAUCAGUAAACUGUGGUGGAAUGUUUUAAGGAUGCUCUGCAAAAAGGAUCAUUAUCUGUUCUAUAAUAUUAGUCCUUUCAGAUUGAACUGGGAACUAAUAGCUACAAAGCUUCAAUAAUGUGGAUUAUAAUAAUUUAGGAGUUAGAAUAAUUCAGGAGUGGUUGGGUAAAAUAUGUGACCUGCAUAGUCUCUGGGGGACAAGUGUAGGUGACAGAUUAAUCAUGUAAACCAGGAUACAUGUUCAGCCCAAUUAAAAAGUCAGCUAUUUUCAAGCCCCACUUCAAUAGCAAAUAUAUGUAGUAAACAAUCUCUGAAAGCAAAUGAUUCUUAGAUAGACAAGAUAAUCUCUGCAUUUGUAUGAAAAAAAAUGCCUGGUGCUAGGUAAUAUUUGGGAUUACUUCGUGAUCUUGGAUAAACCAAAACACUUUUGAACCUUCUUUCUUCUUCUGUUCAGGAAUCACCGUAUUAUAAAGGUUGUUAGGAUUAAAUGAAAGGAAAGGUUAUGUAUUAUUAUUAUCAUAUAUCUAGUGACCUCUUCAAGAUCUAGAUUCCAGGUCUUCAAAAUUUUAGUUCACUGGUUUUGAACUAUUCUAGUUUAUUUUGCUUGAGGGAGUCGGAAUAAUAAGUAUUUCAAACCUGUAGACAAGUGCUUUUUUUUGUUUAAAGAUGUUCAUGAAACAUUUUAUAGUACCUUUUUGUCAGUGUCAUUAAGUGUGUGUUUCUCUUCAUGGACUCACUCAUAAAGCAUUUAAAAAAAAAAAGGGACAGCGAUAAGAAUAGGGGAAAUUCAUGUAAUCAUUGAGAUUAACUGUAAAUCUAACUUUACACGUUUUAGAGCUGAAAUGUUCUUGAUUGAUGAAUUUUUACCUCUUUGAAUAAACGUCUCCCUGCUACAAGUAGCAAUUGAUAUCUGAAACUAGAGAACUGCCAAAAUCCAGAAGAAAGACAGAUUGCCUAUGAAUCUAAGAACAGAUAAUGCAAAGUGCAAUCCCUUCCCUCUGGGGUGUUCCUACAAACUUAAUAUGGCAUAGAUAUUGAAUGACCUUUAUACUGUAAGACGAUUUUUAAAAAAUUACGUUUCUGGGAAUAUGGAACUAUAAAAUAUUAUUAGUUUAGUAGGUAAUAUGCUGACAUAUUUGAUUAAUUGUGUUGUAAAUGAGUCGAAUUUUUCCUGGUGUUAAAAAUUCACAUUCUUUAAAGACCUAAAAAGAAACUGGGAAAAGAUUAUCCAUGAUUAACGCCGACCUGUCUAGACUUUAGAGCACCUCUUUCGUCUAGUCUGAAGUGUUUCUGAUUGUUGUACUUUUAAAAAAAUGGUUGUGAUUAUAGAGACAGAGAAUGAACAGGAUGUGAGCGUUUUUCAAAACUUCUCCCCAUCUUCACCAAAAAGAACUACACUUUAUUUGCUGUUUAUUCCAUUUGUUUCCGUGUUUUUUUAAAAAAAGUGUAACAGCUCAGUAAAUUUAUAUUUGAGUUCCGCGUAAGCAGAGUUGGAUUUUUGUUAUUUCUUUCCCCCGCAAGCCAUGUAGUUUCCUUUCUUUGCUGAUUAAGGUAUGCUGCUACUAAGCCUAUGAGAAGCCUCUCUGUGAAGUGCAUUUUAAUAUUUAGAUCAAACAGCGAUUGGAAUACAUUAAUGCCCAGUGGGUAAAUGUGUCGUUUGAAAGCAGCUGCUGAGCCUUCUCCCUGCUGCUCCAAUUAACACAUACUGCACACUUUUGUCAGCAAGAGCCAGUGCAUAUGGAUGAAACCACUUUGCAGCUCAUUGAUACGAUAUGCAAGAGAGCGCGAAGGGUUAAUCAGCCUGCCCGUUGCAAACAAUGGCUUGCCCUGACGUUUCCCAAGCACGUGCUUUGCCGUAAAGGGUGCUAGGCUCUAGGGGGUGGGAUUAGCAGGUAGGGGAAAGGUCGGUUAGUCUCUAGCUUUGGUUCAGUCCAUUGAUUAACAAGUUGCCCCGCCCCUCUCUUCUCCUACACCCCCACCCCUGAUGCUGGAGACAUUGGAUAGUGAAAUGUGGCGCUGGGACUCCUCGCAUCUCAGCUGAAUCUCUCAUUGAACUUUUUUGUUUUGUUUUGAAGCCGUUUGAAGUCCAAGGCUUUGCUAUAUAUUUUUUCUCUUAGUCCUUCAUUAUCAUUUCACUUUCUCUCUCUUUUCCUUUUUUUUUUAAAAAAAUUCUUUCUAAAUUGCACACUUGACAGUUUUUUAUUGGGCAAAGUAAGAAACCUUGUCAGGGUAAAGCCACAUCGCUGUUAUUUUGUCCUCUCCCCUGGCUGAAAUCUCUGCAUUGGUGGCGGCACAGAGGCAGAUAGAAGGGUAGUGCGUCCUGAGCCCCAGGUUCUGUGUUGGGCAUUCAUGCUCCACCUGCUCCCCGAGCAGCUGUGCUGUUGCUCCGCUCUGGGGCUGGCUGAGCCAGGCUGUGCCUUGAGCGAAAGAUGGACCGCUUCCUGGGUUUUGUCAAGCAGAUAAGAAGAUCUAGGAGAAGAAAGGGGAAAAAGUACCGACCAGAAGAGGAUUACCACGAGGGCUAUGAGGAUGUCUAUUAUUACGCUUCAGAGCAUUUUCGAAAUGAGAGUCCCUACACUAAAUCCGCCAGCCAGACAAAGCCGCCUGAUGGAGCGUUGGCUGUGAGGAGACAGAGCAUCCCAGAGGAAUUCAAGGGCUCCACCGUGGUUGAACUGAUGAAGAAGGAAGGCACUACCCUCGGGCUGACGGUCUCGGGCGGAAUCGAUAAGGAUGGCAAACCCAGAGUAUCUAAUCUGCGGCAAGGAGGAAUUGCUGCUAGAAGUGACCAGCUGGAUGUGGGUGACUAUAUCAAAGCCGUGAAUGGCAUCAACCUGGCCAAAUUCCGCCAUGACGAGAUCAUCAGCUUGCUGAAGAACGUCGGGGAAAGAGUGGUCCUGGAAGUCGAGUAUGAGCUGCCGCCAGUCUCUGUCCAAGGAUCGGGUGUUAUUUUCCGAACAGUGGAGGUCACGUUACAUAAAGAAGGAAAUACCUUUGGUUUCGUGAUACGAGGGGGAGCACACGAUGAUAGAAAUAAAUCUCGUCCAGUUGUAAUAACGUGUGUUCGUCCUGGAGGGCCUGCUGACAGAGAGGGCACCAUCAAGCCUGGUGAUAGGUUGCUCAGUGUGGAUGGAAUUCGGCUUCUUGGAACCACGCAUGCUGAAGCCAUGAGUAUUCUCAAACAGUGUGGACAAGAGGCAACGCUGCUGAUAGAAUACGAUGUCUCAGUCAUGGAUUCUGUGGCAACAGCAUCCGGGCCACUCCUAGUGGAAGUUGCCAAAACUCCCGGUGCCAGCCUUGGGGUGGCCCUAACUACCUCGAUGUGCUGUAACAAACAGGUCAUUGUCAUAGACAAAAUCAAAUCUGCAAGUAUUGCAGACAGAUGUGGGGCUCUGCACGUGGGCGAUCACAUCCUGUCCAUCGAUGGGACCAGCAUGGAGUACUGUACACUCGCGGAAGCCACCCAGUUCCUGGCCAACACCACCGACCAGGUCAAGCUCGAGAUCCUUCCCCAUCAUCAGACCCGCCUGGCCCUGAAGGGACCUGACCAUGUGAGAAUUCAGAGGAGCGACAGGCAACUUACCUGGGAUUCCUGGGCCAGCAACCACUGCAGCCUCCACACCUACCAUCACUAUAACACGUACCACCCUGACCAUUGCAGAGCGCCGGCCCUGACAUUCCCGAAAGCACCUCCUCCAAACAGCCCUCCAGCUUUGGUGUCCUCAUCCUUCUCUCCUACCUCCAUGAGUGCGUACAGCCUGAGUUCCCUGAACAUGGGGACUUUGCCUCGAAGCCUCUACUCCACGAGCCCACGUGGAACCAUGAUGAGGAGGAGACUGAAAAAGAAAGACUUCAAAAGCUCACUGUCUUUAGCCUCUAGCACAGUGGGCUUGGCUGGGCAGGUUGUUCACACAGAAACCACAGAGGUUGUGCUGACAGCAGAUCCUGUCACGGGAUUUGGGAUUCAACUGCAAGGCAGCGUGUUUGCCACGGAGACCCUCUCUUCUCCACCUCUAAUUUCCUAUAUUGAAGCUGACAGCCCAGCAGAGAGGUGUGGAGUGCUACAGAUUGGAGACAGAGUGCUGGCCAUUAAUGGAAUUCCCACUGAAGACAGCACCUUUGAGGAAGCCAAUCAGCUUCUCCGAGACUCUUCAAUCACAAGCAAGGUCACAUUGGAAAUUGAGUUUGAUGUUGCAGAGUCUGUCAUCCCGAGCAGUGGAACAUUUCAUGUAAAGCUCCCCAAGAAGCACAAUGUGGAACUUGGAAUUACCAUCAGUUCACCAUCCAGUAGAAAACCAGGAGACCCGCUUGUCAUAUCAGAUAUCAAGAAAGGCAGUGUGGCACACAGAACUGGAACCCUGGAACUUGGGGAUAAAUUACUCGCCAUAGAUAACAUACGGCUGGACAAUUGCUCCAUGGAAGAUGCAGUUCAGAUCCUCCAGCAGUGUGAAGACCUGGUGAAGCUCAAAAUCCGCAAAGAUGAAGAUAAUUCAGAUGAGCAAGAAAGUUCCGGAGCAAUUAUUUACACCGUGGAGCUCAAGCGCUAUGGGGGGCCCCUGGGCAUCACGAUUUCAGGAACCGAAGAGCCAUUUGAUCCUAUAAUCAUUUCAAGCCUCACCAAAGGGGGAUUAGCUGAAAGAACCGGGGCAAUCCACAUAGGAGACCGAAUCCUAGCCAUCAACAGCAGCAGCUUGAAAGGGAAGCCUCUGAGUGAAGCCAUUCAUUUGUUACAGAUGGCAGGAGAGACUGUCACCUUGAAAAUUAAGAAGCAGACAGAUGCCCAGUCAGCAUCAAGUCCCAAGAAAUUCCCUGUUUCCAGCCACCUGAGUGAUCUCGGAGAUGUGGAGGAGGACCCGUCUCCGGCACAGAAGCCAGGCAAACUCACUGACAUGUACCCUUCCACUGUGCCCAGCGUGGACAGUGCGGUGGACUCGUGGGAUGGCUCUGGAAUAGACGCCAGCUAUGGGAAUCAAGGCAGGUUGAUUUCCAUGGGACUGGGGUCGUCCAAAGGUGACAAGGUCUCUGCUGGUGAUGGCACUGGCUUUCAGGCCUCAGGUUACAACUUCAAUACCUAUGACUGGAGGAGCCCCAAACAGAGGGGCAGUUUGUCCCCGGUCACCAAGCCGCGAAGCCAGACUUACCCAGAUGUGGGGCUGAGUAAUGAAGACUGGGACCGAUCCACAGUCAGUGGCAGUUUUGCAGGGGCUCCCGACAGCACAGAGGCCGAGCAAGAGGAGAACUUCUGGUCCCAAGCGCUGGAGGAUUUGGAAACCUGUGGACAGUCAGGAAUCCUGAGAGAACUCGAGGAGAAAGCUGACAGGCGUGUGUCUUUGAGAAACAUGACUCUCUUGGCAACAAUCAUGUCGGGGAGUACGAUGAGUUUGAAUCACGAGGCCCCUACACCUCGCAGUCAGCUGGGGCGACAGGCCAGCUUCCAGGAACGGAGCAGCUCACGGCCACACUAUAGCCAAACCACUCGGAGCAACACUCUGCCCUCAGAUGUGGGCAGGAAGUCUGUCACCCUGAGGAAAAUGAAACAAGAAAUAAAGGAGAUCAUGUCCCCAACGCCUGUGGAGCUGCACAAGGUGACCCUGUACAAGGGUUCGGAAAUGGAGGACUUUGGGUUCAGUGUAGCAGACGGCUUGUUGGAGAAGGGAGUAUAUGUCAAAAAUAUUCGCCCAGCUGGGCCAGGAGAUCUUGGUGGCUUGAAGCCCUACGACAGGCUCUUACAGGUUAAUCACGUCCGAACAAGAGACUUCGACUGCUGCCUUGUUGUGCCCCUCAUAGCAGAAUCUGGUAACAAGCUGGACCUGGUAAUUAGCAGAAAUCCACUGGCUUCACAGAAGUCCACAGAACAGACUCUACCGGGAGGAGAAUGGAGUGAACAGAACAGUGCUUUUUUCCAACAGCCUAGCCAUGGUGGUAAUUUGGAGAUACGAGAACCCACUAAUACAUUAUAGCAAUGCUUUUUAUAAAGCAGGACAAAAGACAAUAUCUACAUGGUGCUAAAAAAAAAAAUCCCUUUAAGAUUUCUGUGCCAUUUGAUGCACAGAUAAUCACGUGGCAUUAACUGCAAGCACAGGGGUCUUUUAAAUCUCAUGGCUCAUGUUCACGUCCCUUUUCAAGUUGAAGAGGUUUCUUUGUUGACGAUCACUAAGGUAUAUGACAGGCAAUCCCCUGCCAAGCUCAAGGGUACAGAAAAAAACAAACAAAAAACAGGCAGGCCACCCCCUCUCCACAAUUAACAUCAGAGAAAGUUUUGUACAAGUUCAUCUUCCUAUUCCUUUUUAAAAAAGAAUGUCUGUUUGAAAAUAUUCUCGAUGAUAAUUUCCUUAAUUCACUCUGAAAUCAGUUUCUUACUAUGAAGUCAUUCAUGCAAGAAGUUAACCAUCAAGGCUUUUCAUAAAACUGGCUCUACUAGGAGAACUGGUUUGGUGAACUGCUGGGACUGCUGCUAUGGGAGGGGGACAGGUAUAAAAUUAUCUUACAAUGUUUCAGCAAGAUGCACGUAGGAGACCAUGAUAGGUGGUGGUAAAUGUUUUUGCCCAAGUAUAGGAAUGAUUUUAACUAAGAUGUAUGCUAUUCCCUAUGCAACAAAUUAUCAAACAGGAUAUGUCUUGUGACCUGUUUUUUUCUUUUAAGGACACAUUUUAAUAGCUAAAAAAAAAAAAAUCUCUGAUAAUGAAAUAGGGUGUUUAGUAACACUGAGAAUUAGUUAUUUUUAAAAUUCAAGACUAAGCAUUUAAGAGAAUGAAGAGUCUAUUAAAAUGAGGUUUAUCUUAUGGAUAGGCAACUCAAACGCAUACUGCUUGACAUGUUUUGAAAACUGGUUCUAUUGAGGGGUGUAUAGCACAUGUACUUAAAAAUGACACUGGACUGUCUUUUGUUCUGAGCCAUGCCACCGAAAUUGUAAAUACAUUUUCCACAAAAUGCAUUGCCAAUUAUUACCAUCCCUCAAAGCAAUAAAUUGUGACAGUUGCUUUUCAUGUUUGUUAGCAACUGUUUUCAUUUGUUCAGCUAUUUUGAAUAGUUACACUAAUAACUGUUAUUUGGUGAAUAUAAAAAAAAAAUAGAUCUGUAUAUUGACUGUAGAAUCUCCAUACUGAAACAGUUAUUUUCCAAACAUUUUUAUUUUGGUCAAUAAUUCAAACAACUGCUUAGGUAAAGCAUUUGAACACUGUGUCCUUUGUUUAAGGAAAAAGUUCACCUUUCUUUUUGUGCGAAGAAAUAUAUUAUUUCAAUCACAUUUCAGAACCGCCAGGGUGAGAAAGUAUAAAGCAGAAUCAUGUUAAGAAAAAAAAGGAUCAUGAGUCACUUAAAUAUGUAUUUUUAUUUGUAACAAACAAGUAUUAAACUGUAAAGUAUUUUUGUACAAAUUUAAUACUUUAAUAGCAUGGUAUUUAUCGUCUAUGUAUGGUUUUGGGGAAUUCAAAAUUGUUGCAAAUAUUUGUAUGGAAAAAAAAACCCUCUACCAAAUGGAAUAAACAAACAGUGAUUUUAAAAAGCCAAAAAAAAAAAAAAAAAAAAA